AUGCCAAUGCCUCCUGUUACGACUACCACCACCCCUCAACCCACCACAACAACGACACCUGAAUCCACUACUACCAUUGGCACUGAAGCAACCACCACCACAAGCACUGAAGCAACGACAACUACGGGAGAAACCACCACAACUGCCGCUGAGACUACCACGACAAGCGUAGAAACGACGACGACAACGACGGAAACCACGACGACUACUACCGAAACUACGACAACUACUACUGAGACGACCACUACGAGUGAACCUACAACAACGACUACGGAAGCAACGACAACUACAACUGAACCGACGACGACGACCAUGACAACCACCACCGAGGCAACCACGACUACAACCGAGCCAACGACAACCACCACUGAACCCACAACGACAACGACGAUGACAACUACUACUGAGACAACCACCACCGAGCCGACCACCACCACCACGACAACAACCACAACAACGACGUCCACCACGACGACUACAACUACAUCUGCUGCCAACUGCUUGAAUAUUUCUGUGGCAACCAGGAUUACGGUGAUGUACAACUUUGACGCCAGUGGUUGUCGCGUGGCAACUUUCAGCGGCUGCACAACUUAUCGAACCCGCGUGGGUGUAACUAAUACAGCUAUCACCAACCCUGUCACG